CCCAUUGGCUGCGCCUGCCCGUCCCCCCGCUCCCAUUGGCUAUAUGCAGGGGCCGCGCACCAGUCAAGGCCCCGCCCCCCACCCGCCCCGAACACGGGGGGCUGUGACCCCCAUGGGGUGUGUCCCCCCCCAAACCGGGGGAGCGGCCCCGAACACGGGGGGCUGUGACUCCUGUGGGGUGUGUCCCUGCUCCAGCCCCUCUGCACACACCCGGUACUGCCCCCCGGGCUGCUGCACCCCCCUCUGUUCCCGUCUAUGGGUCUGCAUACACCGGGGUCCUGCCCCCGCUCCGCAGUGCUGUAGCCCCCCCCAACCCUCCUGCACACCCUGAGGUGGUUACUACCUCUAUGCCCCAUCUCCUCUAGGGUGCUGGACCUCCCAUUCCAUCUUCCCCUUGGGGUGCUACCAACCAUGUCCCACUUUUCCCUAGCCCCAGUGGAGUGCUGUGUCCCCAUCCCACCCCACCACUCUGCACACACUGCGUUGCUGCCACCCCUGUAGUCUCCCCUCUUCCCCACACUGCGUGCUGCCCCCCAUUCCUGCCCCCAUAUCCCCCACCAUACAAACACUGGGGUGUACCACCCCACAUUUUCCUGGAUGAUGAUCUUGGACCUCUUUUCCAACCUUAACAAUUCUAUGAUUUCCACUCCCCCACUAGUUCCAACCCGCUCAAACUGGGGUGAUGCCCCUCUUUUCUCACUGCUCCCCCGUCCUGGGCAGCCUUCCCUGCCUCCUGCCCUCUGCCAAGAGCGGGCACCAGCCCAAAGCUGCCGGUAACUUUCCAUUAUUCGGGCUCCAGUUCCGGGCAGCUCCGCUCUCUGGAUCGAUGUGCCGCUGGCCGGCACCUCACGGUCACGGGGGUGGGCGGUGUCUCCCCACCCACGACAAGGGUGGCCCUCCCUGCCAGAGGCCACAGGCUGGGGAAGCACCGACCACCCCCGGGCAAGCCUGCACAGCGCCAUGUCCCUGCUCGCAGCUGGGGACACUGUCCGGCUGUCACAUGCCUGUCACGUGUUUGUUACGUGAUGGUAAAAACACAGCGGAAACGGCUUUUUGGGGUGGUUUGUGAGUGCAGUGCGUGUCAGGGUGAUGAUACAGGUGCUGCCGCUGGGAGCCUUAUCUCUGCUCCACACCCGGGCCCUGCUUAUCGGGGACCCUGAUGUGCUGUGGUGGGUGGCACUGCUCUUCGCAGCUGCUGCCAGACAUCCCCUGGGACUGAAGGGCCAUGAUGGGAGCAGGCAGCAUGUGAGGGCAGCGGUGGCAUGGGAGCUGGACGGGGGGAAGCAGAGGUGCACCAUCCCAAUUUGGGCUACAAACUUCAUAUUUUUAUAUAAAAGCUUCAAAACAUCCCCCGCUGCAGCCUGGCAGUGGGGGGCUGUUUUGAAGAUGUGUAGCAGUGGUGUUUCUUCCCUGCACAUGCAGCCAUGGUCCAGGCACAGUGUUCAGCAUCCCCGUGGGGGUGAGCUGGCAAUGCCAGUGCUGCCAGGCUGGCACUGCUCCCCUCCAUGCCUGGCUGUGCCUGUGCCAAGGGCUUUCCUGUGGGAGACCACAAAAGACUUUCACAGGCAGGCUCUGCCUGCACCUGUAUCCUGCCUGCUGAUGAGUGCCAGUGGUUUGUGAGCUGGCUCGGCUGUGCUGGUCUCCCCCGCAGCAGGUUUGGGGGUCACAUGUGUGGUACUCUUUGCUAGAUCCUCAAUGGCCCUGUGUUCUGUGGGCCAUUCACACCCAAGAGUUUGCAAAGCCCAUUCUCUGCAUCCCCCAAUGCAUCCUUGCCCAAGCCCUGGUGGGAUUUGACUGGAUAUUAGGAAAUGGAUCUUCCCCCGGAAGGUGGUAGGGCACUGAACAGGCUCCCCAGGGCAGUGGGCACAGCACCAAGGCUGCCAGAGCUCAAGGAGUGUUUGGACAACACUCUGAGGCACAGGGUGGCGAUUGUUGAGGUGUCUGUGCAGGGCCAGGAGUUGGACCGGAUGAUCCUUGUGGGUCCCUUCCAACUCAGGAUGCUCUAUGAUUCUAUGAAUGCCAUCCUGGAGGUUACCCAGGGAUGUCACAAAGCGGGGACAAAGCCCAGGGUGGCAUUGGAAGGGUUGUGUUGGACCCUGCCCCUUGCCUACCCUUGCUCUGGGUCUUCCUUGGCUCUCUUUGGGGCAGAAUGCCAAAUUCUCAGUGUUUCUGCCAGGGCUGGUGCUGAAUUGGACUGCACGUGGUUGAGAGGGGUGAGGAAUCCUGGGCUUGUGGCUGCUGAGCUCUGGAGCUGUGUCCUUCUCCUCAGUGAAUGCUUUAGGGUUGGACCCUGCUGCCAGCCAGGAAACAGAGGCACAAACCAGGAGCAGGCAGCAGGUCUUUGGGGCUCCUGGUGCCAUCUCCUGUUGUUCUUCUGAAGCAAACUGGAGACAAUGGCAGGGAAAUACCCUUUCUGCCCCACCAAUGGGCUGUGUCCACCUUUUCCACAGGCUUUCCACCUGGGAACAGCAAUGCAAUGUGGGCAGGAACUGGCUUAUCCUGCCUGCCACAGGCUCCUGCCUGCCCUGCCCAGGCUGGCAUCCAGGCCUCUGCCAGCUUGUCCCAGGAGGCCUCAGCCACAUGCUGAAGGCUUCUGCCAGGUCAUGGUGACACAGCUGGAAAAUAAGUGUGCUGCAGGCAAAAGAGCCUGGAUGCUGCUUGUGGGCUAGGGGCUUUGAGGUGGGUGCCAGCCUGGGUGGGGGCUGGAGAGGCAGUGCCGCAGCUGGGCAGGGGCUUCUGGUACCCAUGGGAUGAGAGUCCCCCUCCAUAGUGGAGGUGAUUAUAGUCAGCAGCCUUAGGGCCGAUGCUGGCCAGCGGGCAUCCCAAGACUGGAAAUGUGUGCUAACACAGGGAGGGACAGUCCUGCCCUGAGCACUGUCAGAUGUUGUUCAGGCUCUGCCAUGCAGCACGUGGACUUGGCUUCCUCUAGAGAUUCCUUGUGUGGACACCUGAUAGGUGGUCCAGUGUGGCAUCACCAUCCAGCCUGGCCAAUCCUGCUCCCAGAGUUGCCACCUCCUCUUUUCCUCCUGCUCCCAGAGCUGCUGCCACCCCUGCCCAGUGCUCUGUCAGCAUGUCCCUGGGAUCAUGGGGUGACUUCUCUUCAGCCUGAAGCUCUCCAAGGAGGUCCUGUGGUGGCCCUGGGCUGGUGUGUGCUGGCAACUCAUUCAUGGAGCAGGUUGAAGGAUUAGUCUGCCAAGAGCUUUGCUUUAUUCCUACCUGUGGGAUUUUAAGCACCACCUAUAGCUCUAUUCUGGACUUCGUGUAACCAUGAGUUUUUUUCCUUGAUGUGGUCAUUCAGGAUAACUUUGCCAGACCCAUUUGCUGAUGAGCAAAGCAAACACACUGUGCUGCUGGCACCCUGGGGGUAACCUCCAAGGCCAAAGGGAUUAUUUCUGACAGCGUUCCUUUGUGCUGUUCCUGAGAUGGUUUAUUUAGCCUAAUCCAAAACUUCCUGAAAGCCCCUGGAUGCUGUGUCAGCUGGAUUACACUUCCCAGCCAUCCAUCGGGCUGUGGCAAGUCCUCAUAACCUGCUUUAGGCAAGUGUGAGCUCUCAGGUCCUGAGUUCAACCUUGAAGUUGCUGCUUUCUGGAUACAGCCUCCCAGGAGUGUUUGGGCAGUGCCUGGAGAUGGGUCCUGCUCUGAGAGACAUGCUGUCAGUUUGCAAAAUGGAUGGCCAGGUACAAGCCGGGUUAAGUGGCACUUGGUGGGCAAGGGAAUGGCUUUGCUGGCCAAGAUUAAUAUUGCAAAGUGAGCAGCUGAUAUCCAGGAUGGAGUUAUUUCUUCAGCUGUAAGGAGCUUCCUUUAUUUUGCUUGUUGCAGAAGAACAAAGUGAGCACUGUGGCACUGCUUUAAAUGCCCCCCGGGGGAUGAAGGAAGGGCUGGUGCAGUCAUGCAGUAGGAAUGCUGCUGGGAAGGGUGUGUUUGUCUUCGGGAACACAAAACCAAGCUCCAAGGGUGCUGUUUGCUAGUUGAGCUGUGUGCCUUUGCUGGAGGAGGUUUUGUUCCUGGCCGCCUGUUCUCAGCACCUCAGAUGUUGGGCCCAAGGUGUGCCUCGGGCUCAGAGCUGUCCUCAGCUGCAGCUGGAACCUGUCCACAGGACCCAUGUCUGUGUGUCCUCAUGUCACAGCAGUAUCUAGCUGAAGCCAUUCUCUGUGCCACACCAUCUGCUCUGAGGGGACCUUCCACCUGCUGAGGGCUUUGCUGGCACAUUCCAUCCCUAAGUGUAUGAUCUCCCCUCCUUUUCAUUUACCUUCUGUAUUCAGGGCCAGAAAACUGCUUUUCCUGUCCUCAGGGGAAAAAAAUUAAAGAGCAGAGCCUGCUAGAUGUGAUGCCUUCUGCUCCCUGUGAGCUUCAGCUGUUCCUGCCCCAGCUCCUCUCAGGCUUUGUGGCACUUUGAGCCAUGUGGAGCUGUUCCUGGCUCCAGGAAGCUGGAGGGAAUGGCUUGUUUCUGGUUGUUUAUGCUUCCAGCAGCUCCUAAUCCCUGUCACAGGGUUUCCAUGUGGGACAAUAUGUCCCAGGACCAUGCCACAUGCCUCUCUGCUCUCUUGUCCAAGCCUGCUGGCUCUGGAUGGGUGACUUUGCUGCUUCCCUCACAAUGUGCUUCCCCCUCGUUGGGCACGGCCAGUUUUGGGACAGUGAUGCCAAGGCAGAGACCUCCUGGAGGAGAUGGCUCUGCUGUCACUCAGGACUGCUCUCUGGGGGCUGGCCCUGUUUCUGGGUGAGACUUCAGGUCUGUGGUUAGGUUUAAGAUGUCAGCAAGGAGGCUUGGCUGCUCAAGCUCAGGGAGUAUCUCGUGCCUUGGCCUGCAUCCCCCAGGCUGCCAGAGCCCUGUUAUCUCUGUAGCAGGAAAACUUGGGCUUAAAAUUAAUCUGAGGUCAGCUGGAGUUGAAGCCUAGACGUUGUGAGUUGUUGGCUGAUGCCGAGGCACAGAGGAGUGUCCUGAAGCAGCAGGACACCCUUGGCUCCAUCUGGGUCUGGAGGAGCUUUGUGCUUCAUGGUCCAGCUGCAGGUGCCAUCAAGGUGGGGAGGCAUCGGGUUGAGGUUUGCUGUUACCACAGCAAGGACCAUGAGCUGGUUAGAGAUGGAGCAUCCCAGCCCCCACCAGGGCUGACCUUGUCCUUGCCAUGGGAUAGGGUCUUGGAGAGCAGCUCUGGACCCUUGGACAGAGCAUCCUUGCUGUGCUGCCUCAGGGCCUCCAGGUCUUCCCUGGAUGGAUAGUAAAGUCCUGUUCCCUUCCACAGCUCCCGCACCUCUGCAGCUGAGAAGGAGAUGGGAGGAGCAGAACAAAAGGAGAAGCAAUACCAAGCCCAUCAGGGAUUUGAGGAUCAUCAUGGUGGGUUCACUGGUGCCCACACCUAUUUCUACACAGAUGAGGCCAAGUGUGACCAGCAUAUGGAGACUUUCCUCCGCUGCAUCGAUGCCUCAAGUGGCAGCUCAGAGGACGGCUUCUCUGCCAUCAAGCUGACAGCACUGGCCAGACCUCAGUUCCUGGUGCGGUUCUCGGAGGUGCUGGUGAAGUGGCGGAGGUUCUUUCUCCAAAUGGCUGCAGAGCAGGGCCAGGCUGGGCAGGCAGUGCUGGAGAUGAAACUGGAGGUGGAGAAGCUGCAGGAAACACUGGCCAACCUCAGCAUUGUGACCAAGGCAGAGAGCCAGGAGUGGUUCAUGGGCGAGAGCCUGGGCACAAGCAGCACUGUGGACCUGCUUGACUGGAACAGCCUGUUGGACAGCCGCACCAAGAUCUCCAAGCCUCUGCUCAUCCCCAACAGGCAGACUGGGCAGCUUGAGCCGCUGCUCUCACGCUUCAGUGAGGAGGAGGAUCUGCAGAUGAAGCGGGUGCUGCAGCGCAUGGAUGUCCUUGCCAAGAGAGCCAUGGAGAAGGGUGUGAGGUUGAUGGUGGACGCAGAGCAGAGCUACUUCCAGCCAGCCAUCAGCCGCCUCACCGUGGAGACACAGCGCCGCUUCAACAGGAACCAGGCCAUAAUCUUCAACACCUAUCAGUGCUACCUGAGGGAGGCUUAUGACAAUGUGACAGGGGACAUGGAGCUGUCACGCCGGGAGGGGUGGCACUUCGGCACCAAGCUGGUCCGUGGCGCGUAUAUGGAGCAGGAGCGGGAAAGGGCGGCUCAGUUGGGCUACGAGGAUCCCAUCAACCCAACCUAUGAGAAGACCAAUGAGAUGUACCACAGGUGCCUGGACUAUGUCCUGGAGGAGAUCAAGCACAGACGGAAAGCCAGCGUGAUGGUGGCAUCUCACAAUGAGGACACAGUGAAGUUCACCCUGCGCAGGAUGAUGGAGCUUGGGAUCCAUCCCUCAGAGAAGAAGGUGUGCUUUGGGCAGCUGCUGGGCAUGUGUGACCAGAUCACCUUCCCCCUGGCCUCUAUCCCUCUAGGCCAGGCUGGCUUCCCCGUGUACAAGUACGUGCCCUACGGCCCAGUGAACGAGGUGCUGCCCUACCUGUCCCGCAGGGCCCAGGAGAACAGGGGCUUCAUGCAGCGGGCAAACCGGGAGCGGGACCUGCUCUGGAAAGAGGUCAAGAGGCGCCUCCUCGCAGGAAACCUCUUCAGCCACUGACCCCAACCCUGGGGCUCCUGUGCCUUCAGCCGGAACCACUGUCACCAUUCCCCAUCCCAAUUCUGCUGCAGCUACCCCAAGCACCCUUUGCCCUUUGAGAGAAGUGUCCUUGUUGCUGCUGAACCACACACACCUUCCGGCAGUCGCUGCUGCAGGGUUGCCCCACCCGGCACUGCCCCAGGGAUGUCCCUCUGUCAUCCCACAGCCUCUUGAGCUGUCCCAGGGGCCAAUGCUGGGGCUCUCCUGCCAGCCCUGCCCCAUGCCUUGGUGAACACUGUCCCGGAGCUUUCCCCUGGCGGGAUUGCGCAGAGAUUUAUCUGCCUGCUUCAUGCCAUGGGCUCAGGUACAAGUGGGCUGGGUGACCUGGGCACAAGCUGGAGACAAGCCAGAAGCUCCUCCAGCCUCUGCUGGGGCUGGGGCUUUGUCCCUUCCACACUUGUGUAAGGGCUGGAUCGGUCCCUGCUGCCUGUCCCAGGACAGCCACUCCUUGCCUGCUCAGCAGCUUUGCACUGAUCAGAGCUGGGCAGGUCCAGGCUCUCCCCCAUCCGCCAGGAUAAGCUGAGCCAAAGCCUCCUGGGGUUAUCCAUCCUCAGGCACACGUCCAGUGGAGCAGGAGGGGCCAGGGGAGCGGGCUGGCCCCAUCCCUCUGCCGUUCCUGCCCUGCCCACAGUCCCUGGCUUCAGUGAUGGACCAGGGACAGUGGGAGCACCCAGAGCUGGACCACAGUUCAGCUCUGCUGUACACUGGAUUUGCAGAGAAUGGAGAUGAUUAAAUCACAACUGUUCCUG